AUGAAAAGCCGCGCAACUUUUGCUACAAAACCGCGCCGAACCCCAGCCGGUGGCAACAGCUUUGCCACGCAUUUUGUUCAGUUAGCAGUGCUCACGGCGAUCAAGGCAGCAUCCAGUCGUGCGAGGGGGAGGCAUAACGACGGGGACAGGGCUGUCACGAGGGACCGCAGGAACGCUGGCAGUGACUGGAGAGAGUCGUUACGAAACUCCCGCCAAGAAGAGAUGGAGAAAGCGGUUGCCGACAAGCGCAAGAAGCUCGUCAGGGCUAUUCCCACGACCAUCCCGGGCGUGUCUGCGGUGGUGAGGGGGGACGCCAGGAGCGACAUUCGCGAAAUCGAGGCGCUCGUGGACAUGCAGGUGCUGCAACCGGAAGAGGUGGCACCCGGCGCCGUGCAGGCUACCCCUCGCCCCCCCAUGCCCAAGGCCAAUCAGCUGGAGCCCAAGCGGGCUAGGAUGGCGCGGUGGAAGAAGGACCCUUCCGAGAUGGAGAAGGACAUGGCGAAACAACGGGAGGCGUUGAAGAAGGCGGAGGAGGAGGACGAGCAGCUGGAAGCGGAGCGCGACGCAUGGGAACGAUGGUACCUCGUGCUCCGCGCGCAUCUCACGGCGGGCCGCCGACCCACUGCUACCUGGUCUCCGGCCGCCGCUGCCGCCGCUGCUGCAUCCAGCGCCACCACUUCUAACGAGUCGCCCGUGUCCGGCGGCGAUUCAGACUCGUCUGGGGACGAAAAUGUUGCCGCCACCGGUGGGGCAGGUGGCGGCGGAGGCGGCAGCAGCAACAGCAGCACGGCCGGUGGCGGCGGCAGUGGAGACAGCACGGGCAAGGCUGUCGACAACGGUCGUUUCAGGACGGGGGGGGAAGAGGAGGAGGAGGAGGAGCGAGUGAGAGGUCUUGAGGUGGAGGUGAUGAAGAGGGCGGGACUGGAAGGGAAGUUCGACAUGACCAAGGUCCUGAACGUGCUUGCCGGAUGCAGCCGCGACGCCAUGUUCGCCAGGCAGGAGCACACGACUCUCGUCGCCAAACAGCAGUCGGGCGGCGAUGCCAAGGCUGGCGCUAAAGACGGCGGCGCUGAGCACGAGGGAGAGAGGAAUGACGCGUCGCCCCACCCAGGGGAUGAAGGAUCGCUGCGGCGGUGGGAGGAGCUGCUGCGGUCGGCCCAUGUUAACGGUGGGCGGUGGCGACCCGGCGUGAUUGAAGGCGGCGUGACCAACGCCCCCCCCGGGGGAACUUCUACAGACACGGAUGAUGCGAGCGGCCCCACUCCACGGACAGCUUCAUCGCGAGGAGGAGAUCGACAACAGCAGCAGCAGCAGCAACGUGAACCGCUCGUGCCGAAGGGGCUGGACCUCCUGCCCAGCAUGCGGGCGCCCCGGUACAUGCUGCGACCAGGGGAACACGCCGAUAUCAGCGGCAGCGGGGCGACGGCAGAAGAUGAGGCGCAGGCGAUAGAGUAUGUACCGUGGGUUGUUGGGAGCGGCAGCUCUGGUCGCGUCAUGGCUGGGCACACGGGCGGCGCAGCAACGCCGAUGCCUGCGGCGGGCGGGGUCAACGACAGGGUGCAGUGGUUCCCCAGAGGUUUGCCGAAGGAGUCGGUUACCGGCAUGGGACAGGACGAGCGGGAGUCGGCGCUGUUCAACACUAGGGCCUCGAUGGCGAUCGACAGGCUCGGGGAGCAGGUGGAGGAGACCUCCAAGCGCCAGGCGGAGAUGGAGAUCAGACGACGAGAGAAGGUGGGAGAGGCCGUGUGCCUAGUGCGCGCCGCUGCGGACCACGAGAGGGUAAGACAGGACCACUUCCGCCGGAUGAAGGCCCUCAGAGCGCAGCUGCAGAGUCUCGAGGGGACCAAGGGGCCGUCUUCGCCCAACGGGCAAGCGUCGGACACGAAAGGGCAAGACGCUAACGCAGAAGAAGAGGAACAAGAGGAGGAGGAGGAGGAGGGAGAGGAAGCUGACCACAAUAGCGACGAUGACGCACCCAAGGAAGCCGCCGUCUUAACAACGAACCUCACAAUCUCAGACGAGGGUGGUGGUGCUGAUGAGAGUUCCGACGGUGACAGCGACGUACCGGUAUCGUCCAUCAACGGAGGCGGGGGCGGGACAGGGGACGGGUUGAAAGCGCCGGAGUCCAGGGGGAGCGUCGAGGCUAAGCAGCCGGCCUCGGGGGUGGCUGUAUCGCCGCCGGGGUCUGGCUCCGUGCCCGCUUCACCGGCGUCCUCCUCUUCUUCGAAUGUUGGUUCGGAACGAUCGGCCAGUACCGCGAACGGUGUUGCCGGCGGCGGCGGCGGCGGCGACAAGCCCGGGGGGGUUGAGAGGGACGGAAAGCGUGGGACGGCGGAGAACGGCGGCGGGAACCGGAGCGACGGGGACGCCGGCAAGAAGACCGCCGGCAAGGGCCAGUCCAAGCACCCCCACACAAGGGGGGGCGGGCAGGCGGAUGGUACCAAGAGCAUGUCGGAAGACAGCGACGCGGAAGCGGGCAAGCGAGGGGGGGGCGGGAAGGUCGUGGGCGGAAAGAGGCGUUUUUCGGCGAGGGGGGACAAGGCCGAGGACCCCGGAGAUGCGGAGGACGUUAUUGGUACCAAGAGGCGCGGUGCCCGUGGAGCCGAUGGAGACAGCGGCGCUGGUGGGCGAGCGAAGCGAAGGAGGUCUGCGGACGCCACGAUCAGCGCUUCUGCGGUGGAGACCUUCUCUGUCGCUAACGGGGACAACGCGCCAGAAGAACGCUCCUCUCCUCGAGCGGCCGCCGCCGCUGCCGCCGCGGCUGCCGCUGCUGCCGCUGCCGAAGGCAAGGCCAAGCCGUCUCGAGGCGCUGGGAAGCGGGCGUAUACGAGCCGGUUAAGCUCGAGGGGAAAAUCCGGGCGUAGAUAG